UUGGUUUCUCUACGUCGGUGAAAUGUUUUUGCCACGGUGGGGACAACAAUGUAUGUAGUCGAUAGAAUUCGGGGUCUAUAUAAGCUCACCAGGAUGGGUUUCUCCACCCAAAUUUCUCCGGUUUACGGAAGACGCGAAAGUCCUUACAAGAAAACUCUACGUCAACUCUCACAACUGCGACCAUCUCGACUUCACAUAUCACCAGUCGCGACAAACUAUCCGACUUCAACUUUUCCUCCCCGAUCUGAUUGUCACUGAUCACCAUGCGAUCUCUGGUGCUCUUGGAGGCUCUCGUCGUGUUUCUCGGCGCGUGCCUGCCGUCAUCCCUGGCAGGUGUUCUCCCCGACUAUGGACGCCGCAGUGUAGAGAGAUUUCAAGAACAGAGAAGGGCUUUACAGGAGGAAGCGGCCCAGGCCCUCAACGGUCAAAAGGAUGACGUUCUCAGGAGCAAGAACGUGGCAGAGUACAUGAUCAAUGAAUUGAAAAGGAAGGCACCCCAUGGAGAGGGCGUGACGGACUUGAAGGAAAGUCUCAAAAGAACUGGUGACCGUGAUAAUCGAUACAACUGGUUCUGCUACUUCUUCCCGCAUUACUGUUAUGGCUGUGCAUCCCACGAGUUCGAGUGUUCUGACGGUACCUGCAUCCCGGGAUACUGGGAAUGCGAUCGCUGGAACGACUGCGGUGAUGCAAGCGACGAAGUCAAUUGUGAAUGUGCAACUGAUGAGUUCACAUGUGCAAAUGGUCGGUGUAUUCCCGAUUACUGGCAGUGUGAUCAUGACAACGAUUGCUGGGACUAUAGUGAUGAAGAAGGAUGUUUUGCUUAUUCCACGACUAGUCAGCCGGAAACAAUGGAUAUGACUACAGCGCCACCUCCGAUGUGCGGAUGGGAUAACUGGAGCGAGUGGUCUGAAUGUAACACGGGCUGUGGCGCUGGUCAGAGACACCGCACCAGGUCGUGUCUGUGUACUGAUACCAGCCUGUGCGACGGGGAGUCCACGGAGUACGAGAUGUGCGAACUUGCAACCUGCAUGCCCGAAGCAGAUAGUGGAUGUGGUUCACGCCAUCCCCAGGGAUCAAUCCAGCGUAUUGUCGGGGGGAACGACGCCGUACGCGGGGCCUGGCCCUGGUACGCUCAGCUGUACUUCAACGGUCGGUUCUCUUGUGGGGGAACUCUUGUUGAAGACAGAUUCAUCAUUAGUGCAGCUCACUGCUUCGAGGGAUCCAGUCGGAUGAAUCCAACCAACUGGCGAGUGAUUCUCGGAAAAUAUCGUGAAAAUGAUGACAGCGGCGACGAACACGAGAGCGGCGUUUCUGAAGUCAUCGUUCACGCAAGUUACGACAGUGACACAGUGGACCACGACAUAGCCAUCUUAGUCUUAUCUAACCCUCCAGCUCAGCCCGAAGCCGGUACUAACCCUGUCAUCAACUCGGCGUGCGUGGACACCGCCGCUAGUGUGGACGAGUCGCUCGUGUGCUUCAUCGCUGGUUUCGGUUCCACAAGUGAGGGUGGCGAUGUCUCAUCCGUGCUUAAGGAAGCUGAGGUUCCCAUCGUUGACAGGAGUCGAUGCAACCACCCUUCGUCUUACAACGGCGGUGUCACCCAAAACAUGUUGUGUGCCGGUUUCUUCGAAGGGGGAAUCGAUUCUUGUCAGGGUGACUCCGGCGGUCCUCUGGUGUGUAGCAGACGCAGCCGCGACGAUGCGACAGGCAGUGAGGUGGAGCGAUGGUACUUGACCGGUAUAACGAGCUGGGGCAAUGGAUGCGCACGGCCUAACUUCCCCGGUGUCUAUACCAACGUGGCACGGUACGGACAGUGGAUCGACAACAUCAUUGCCUCGCGGGGAAGCACGAACUCUCCAUAGGCUUGGCUGUGUUCGUUUACAGAUAAAUUAUUUCCUGACAUUUUGUUACACUUGGACUAAGAUUUAGUAAGACGACGAGCGAAUUCAUUACUGUUUUGUUGAUUGACAAAAUGCGAUAAGAUCAAAUGUUUAAAAUGGUUGCUGAGAAAGAAAUUGAUAUUGGCGAUAUUAGUUUGCUUAAUAAUGUAGCAAUGUAUUAUUUUGCAAAUUUUGUAACUUUUUAUAUCUUGACACAGAGCUGGCCUCUUAUUUACUUAAGUAUGUUUUUGAAAAGUAUUGCACUUAAACGGUUUAUGUAUGAUAAUAAUAAAGUGUAAACAAGAACGGGUGCAGUCAUAACCAA